AUGCUCAAGACCCUCUCCUCGGUAGCCGGAUUAUCAAAGCAGCCGAAUCUCAAAAUCGACGACAAUCGAGGGCAGGAUCUAGGAAUCCGAUACCUUUCAUUCCCAUUAAGCAAUGAUUCCGAGAGCCUCAAAUUCCAGAGUCGCGUGAUGCGUCUGAAGAGCCUCAUUCGUCGAGCUGUUCGCCUUCGGAUCACCAACGUCUGGACCGCCAUCUACACUGCCCUCCAUGGCCCCUUCCAGGGCUCGAAGCCUCCAGCAAAGCACAUCAAAAUCGAUGAUGAAGAGAGCCAGUACGACGACGACUCGCUUUACUCACAACAUCAAUCAUCUCUCUACACAAUGUGGCAUAUUUUGAGCAGCCCCAUAUCCGCACCCUUCAUCACUCUCGUCUCCUUGAUCAUCCUCAUCAUCCUCAUCACUUGCAUCGUACACCUUGUCUACAAGCCACCAACACUCAUCAUCCGCAUGCUGCAACACCACAACCAAAACGUCAUCUUCCACGUCCCGCUUCUCAGCUCUCAACGCGUCGUGGCCCUGACUAUCGACGACGCACCUUCCUCGGAAACGGGCAAAAUUCUUGACCUGCUGAAGGCUCACAAUGCCAAAGCGACGUUCUUCGUCAUCGGCUCUCAGGUUGCGGAGCACCCAGGCGUCGUUGAACGGAUCCACGCCGAGGGUCACGAGCUGGGCAAUCACGCGUGGACCGACGACCCCAGCUUCAAGCUCCCGCUCACCGAGCUCUCGCGCCAGAUCAGAGAAGUCGAAGCCUUGCUGCCGCCAAAUGAAAAUGGUAUGAAGUACUUCCGACCAGGGUCAGGGUGGUUCAACGCGAAGAUGCAGAGGACGGUCGAAGCACUCGGGUACCGCCUGGCUCUCGGCAGCGUCUACCCACACGACCCUCAAAUCCAUAAGCCGAAGUGGAAUGCGAGGCAUGUUUUGAGUAUGGUGAAGCCGGGGAGUGUGGUUAUUAUGCACGAUCGACGGUCUUACUCGGCAGAGCAGCUAGGGUUGAUCUUGCAGGGGUUUGAGAAGGAUGAGACUAGGAAGUGGACGGCUGAUUCGCUGGGUGGCUUACUGGCUUUAGCCGAGAAGCAAAAUAGACUUGUGUGA